AUGGCCCCACCCCGACAGAAUGCAGUGUCUGGUAAAGGAUAGUAUGAGAUGGUAGGGGAAUGAAAGAGUUAAAGUGUUCUUACAGACUUUACAAUACCUUUCGCAGAAAAUGACCACAAAAAUAUCUUUUGACAAGGAGGAUAUUUGAAUAUGUAAAUAUUACACCAUAAGUUCUGCAUGGCUAUAUGGUGCUUGAUUGAAACACGAUUCGUGUACGUUAUACUUAACUGAUAAACAAGGUAACUUAAUACUUUGACUUUUCUUUUCGUUGUUUAGAAUUUGGGAAUAUUAUCGAAAUCCGAUUAAAUCCAAAGGUGAGUUUCAUUACAUUCAGAUUUUCAUUGUACUGAUAUUCACGAACAUAUUUGUAUUUAGUUUUGCCUUGCUAUCUUUGUGUUCAACAAAAUAAGGGAGAUAUUUAACAUUUUUACAUCCCGAUUAUUUUUAUGAAUUUCGAACGUAACACUAUCCUUUGAAAACAAAAUGUCUAUGACUAUAUACUCAUAAUCUAUUUUUUUAUAAUUUUAAUAUUUCAGAACUUUGGCUUUGUUAUUUUUGACUCACCUGAACCCGCUGAGCAAGUUUUAAAAAACCUGGUGAGUAUUCAGUUUUUACAUAUAUCCAUUCUCGCGGACAUCUUUGGCCUAUUGUGAUACUUUUGCUAAGUUUAUUGAGCUUAACUUAACCGUAAGAUGUAGUAGCAUACGUUCCAACGCAGCGUUUGCUUCUCUUAGCCAAUGUCACUAUUCUGAAUAGGCAGAAAUGUUUGUUGUAGAAUGGCGUUAUUAGGGAGUUUAAGCUUCACGUUUCCGGGAACGGCAAACGGCAGGUUCGAACUUUCUUGGCAAGAUUUUCGUUGAACGUUUUCGUUUCAUAUUUUCUUCUUGCGUUGAAAGAAUAAUUAUGUAUUUCAGUUUUAAAACAGCAAGUUCAUUUACUCUUUAUUGCCUGAUACCAUAAAAUUUUUAUUUGCCUGGCGUUUGCCGUUUGACGUAUAACGCGAAGCUUAAACUCUCUAUUAUUCUUGGAAACCAGAGCAGUAUUUGCAAAUGGCAAGCUAUAAAUUGUAAAAUAUUGACCGCCAUGGGGUUAGAGUAGUAAUAAUUUACAUGCUAGCUAAGGCAGUCAUUCUUCAAGAUAUUUCACUGUAUAUUUAGCCCAUAUUUAUAAAUAGUCAAGAAAUCAACAUUGAAGAAAAGAAACCAAGUGGAUCUCUUGGUCGUGGUGGGCGUGGUGGAGCAUCUGGAAGUCGUGGAAAACCGGGUGGAUCAAGUCGUGGAGGUGGAAUGAAUUCUCGUGGUGGGCCUGGAGGCAAGGGAAGUGGGGCUAAUACACCUAGUGGUGGUCGAGGUGGGGCUGGAAAUAACCAACGUGGAGGAGGGGGGCAAGGUAACAGUCCAGCACCUCGGGGGCGUCGUGACAGACGAUGA